AUGUCGGGAAACGAGAAGCUGACUCCGGUUCAACUCAACGCGAUUUAUUUAGAGAGAAUCGGAAAAGAGCAUCGACACCAGAGGCUUCACACUGAGUUCAGCAUCAACCCUCACAAGAGACUUCAUGUUCUGACAGAGAAACCCAUGUCCAGGAAACCAACGGAGCUGAUUGAGGAGAAUUCUGCCUUCAUCGAGGCCUUCCACAAGGCUCGUCUGGAACCCACCAAGAAGUAUUCAACGCCCCUGACUGAGAGUCAGGAGGUAGGAUGGGUGUCAGAUCCACUGAUUCCACUCAACUGCCAAGACGAGAGGUUUAACUUCCACCGGGCGAGCACCGACGUCACCAGACACACAGAAAGUGCCCUGAGGAAAUGUAAUUAA